UUUCAUCGCAAAUUGUUCCAAUUCGUUUGAUUUUUAUGCUCAUCCAUUGGCUCGGUGAAGUAAUGGUUUGCGGCUGUUUGCUCAUCAUACUCUUUUCUUUUUCACUCUAUGGACUUUUCCGUAAACUUCCUUGGCGAAACAUUGUCCUAUGCUUUGUUUUCAGCUGUAGGUCUCUAAACAUUGUUGCUUCUUUUGUUUCAUAUCGGAGUACUCGUACACUGUAGAUGUGUGGACUUUCGAUAAGAAACAUCAAAAGCUCCAAUCCUUAUCAUUAUCGUCGCACUUGUUUUUAACUCCAAUUCAUGACAAGUUUUGCGAGCCGUUGCUAAAUCAUCAUUUCGACUUGGUCUCAACUGUUAUUUCAUUUCUGGCUGUUUGUAUCUGCUGUUUUUAGUUAUAUCGUAAUGUUCACAUCAGUAUAAUAGCAAUACUUAGCGCUUUCUUUGCUGCACAACUUGUCCUUCCUUAGCGUUAUCAUAAUGAAAAUCGCUUUGUUUGACUAAUAUACUAGCUGCAAGCUACGAAAUUGUUUUCCAUAUAAGUCAUGCGAGGGGUUUGCGUUCUUGCUAUGAUCUCUUGACUCCGCUGUUUCAGAAUGAGGAAAGUUCAUGUUUCGCACACACGAUCGCGCUCGAGGUCACGAUCGCCACUGCUGCGAGGACCGCGGCCGUUGGUUUCGAAAAGUCAACCUGUGAAUAUGCUAGAUAAGGAUGCACUUCUUGCGGUUAGAACCAAAAAGGAAAGCAAGCCAGUUACGCCGAAGGAGAGGAUCACAUGCACAGUCGAUGGGUCUCGCCGCGCUGCACCACUAUCAUCAAGGAUUGGAGGAUACGGCGACAGGAGGCGCAGCGAUGGUGAUAGAAUGGGUGGCUUCCAUGGUGGUGGCAGGCAGGCAAUGAGAGAUCGUCUCACAUUUUCUGAUCGUCAGGGGCGCGAUAGGUUCGAGGCUAGCCGCGAACGUGAUGUUGAUGGUAGUAGAUUCAAUGGGAAAUUCCGUGAUGAGGAUGGAGAUAAGCCUGUACAGAGGUUGAUCGAUCCUACGGCAGUGCCGAAGGGAAAAAGUUAUUUUGGCCAUGACGAUAGAGGAGAAGAAAAGCAGUGGCGUGGACGCAGCGCAUAUGACCCGCGAAUUGAUAUGGGUCCAAGGCGUGAUCGCCUUUCUGGUUUUCGUGGAUAUGGAAGGGACAGGUAUGAACGACGAGAUCGCGACGCAGGUCCGCGAAGGUCGUUCGGUCCACGUUCCGCUGCUGAUGGGCUUUGGACUCAUGAUAAGUUCAUAGAACUUGAAGGAGAUGAUGGAAGCGAUCAUGAACAUAGCAGUGGUCUAGAAGUGGUUGUAGAUCAGAGUUCAAAAGCGAAACGCAUUGUUCGUCAGGAUGACGACGAUGCAUAGAAUGAUACCUACACCAAAUCGCGGCUUGCUGUCCGAUAAAUUAUUCGAAAUCUCUUGUAUCAGUUGUGUUCUUAUUCGCAAAUAAUCUCUUUUCCAUUCUCUAUUUAAGAGGAAAUUUUUGGCUUGCUUUUGCUUGCCAGUAAAUCUGAUUAUGAAACGUUACUAAAUCUUUUGAACUUAUUCCGUUCUUAUAUUAGAAUUCGUGACGUGUUGGUACAUGUAAUUUUAAUGUCACGCAUAUUGAAUGAUAAACAUUAGACUCA